AUGUCGGCGAUCCCUUCGAUUUUCAACCGGAGCGAGUUCAAUGGCGACGUGGAGAUCGAGACGAUCCAGGUUCCGUUCGCGAUCGUGGGUCUGAUCAUCGGGAAAAACGGGGAGAACCGUCGACACCUGCAGGAUAUUUUCAACGUCAAUCUGCGAAUCCAGCAGGAGAACGAGGUGUCGGGGAAUGCGGUGAUGCGCGACGUGACGAUUCGCGGGCAUCGCGAUAUGAUCGAGAAGACGAAGGAAGUGAUCCAGACGCUUGUGGAGACGCGGAAGGGCGACAUCAUCACGCGAUUGCAGAGCAGUCGCGACGGAUUCGAGAAGGUGGCGGUGCCCAACGAUAAAGUGGGGCUGGUGAUCGGUCGGGACGGCUGCGUGAUUAAAGAGCUCAUGUCCAAGACGAGCACGCAGAUCCAAGUCCCGCGCGACCCCGAUAAAAAGGACCCGACGAAGCGGUACAUUAUCAUCACGGGCGAUCCGAAGAACGUGCUGGAGGCGAAGAAGCACAUCCAGGAUAUCAUCGACGGGCAGAUGGGCAGCAUUCCGCCGGACGUGCCGGUGUGCACGAUCACGGUUCCGGACGAUAAGGUGGGGCUGGUGAUCGGCAAGAAGGGCACGAUCAUCAAGGACAUCCAGAGCAAAUCGCACGCGUACAUUCAAAUCCCGGGCAAGCCGGUCGAAGGCAUCUACCCUCCCGUCCGAGUGAUUAACAUUGGCGGCACCGAAGAGCAGCAGCAGCUCGCCAAGGCGGAGAUCCAGCGGAUGAUCGGAACCACCGUGGGCACCGGAACCGAAUAUCGCGAGAGCAGCAAGGCCACGAACCAGUGGGACCCCAUGAUGAUGAUGCAGCAGAUGCUCACCUCCGGACUGGAUCUCAACCAGCUCGAGCAGUACAUGCAGAUGCAGUACCAGGAGUUCUACCAGCACCAGGCCGUCCCUCCGGCGGGAGCCGUGGCGCCAGGCGCGGGCUCUGCAGGGAUGCCGGGCAUGGGAGCCGUGCAGGGAGCGCAGAGCGGCGCGAUGGAGGGGUCGGGCAAUGCCCAGAUGGGCUCGGCGUUGCCCGCUUCGAUGGGAGCGAUGAAUCCAAUGGGAGGAAUGAAUCCGAUGAACGGAAUGAAUCCGAUGGGAGCGAUGAACCCGAUGAAUGGAAUGAAUCCGAUGGCUCCGAUGGCUCCGAUGGGCGGAAUGGGAGCGCAGAGCGGUGCGGUGAGCGGAGGCGUGGAGAGCGCGAAGGAGGCGAAGGGAGAGACGACACAGAAGGCGGAGGAGGAAGCGCCGCCGGGUUUUGACGACGAUGAAGCGCCGCCAGGCUUGUGA